CAUAUCUUGGAAACUAUAGAGAGCCGCGAAUCCUUGUUCCACUUGACAAAUUGCAACAGCCAAAACCGUACAAGUCACUGCCUAUUAUCUUCGAGCACUUUCUUGCAUAUAUAGCACUUGAAAAAUAUUCCAACCUCUUUGAAAGUUCUAGUUGUUUGAGUCCUUCGACGUUCAAACUUUGAACUUUGCCUUGUUCAAAAAAACUUUGCCAACCCUAUAUUUCCAUUAUCCUACACAAUUCAUAUUACAACAUAUAUAGCCUACCACAACACAAUCCAUAAAUCAUUGCAACUUUAAAUCCCAUGGCUCGUUAGUUCUGUUUGUUUGAUUUGAAAAUCAUGUCAAAUAUACCGACCUCACUCUCUAAUAUUUGCCUCACACAAUUUCGCCUUGCCAUGUCCAUAGCAAACCCAUGGCCCUUCUCAUGAACCCCUAACUCACCACGCACUAGCAUAUCACAAUCUUCCCCCUCAACGUUCUCUCACCGACAUGGCGAAGAUUCACGGAUUUAAGCUCGGGAGGCGCCUUGUACAGUUUUCUAGACGUGUCUUUAAAAACAAACGGAUCCGACCUGACUAUCAUCACUUUGGUUGUCUUUCUCGUACUCCAACAAUGAAGAUUCUCAGGUGGGGCCGUAAGCUCACUGAAGGUGCCAUGUCACUUUUUAAUAGACCGAGUUAUAUCCGGUUAGGAUCCGACCAAAAAUUCAGCGUGCCGAAGGGACACAUGGUCGUGUAUGUGGGACAGAAAGAAGAAGAGAUAAUUAGGGUUAUGGUGCCGGUGAUAUACUUUAACCACCCGUUAUUCGGUGAAUUGCUUAGAGAGGUUGAGGAGGAGUAUGGGUUCAACCACCAAGGGGGGAUCACGAUACCAUGCCGGUUCACGGAGUUUGAACGGGUCAAGACAUGGAUUGCAUCAGGAUCCGACAAUUGCACCGGUCGAAAAUUGUAUUUGAAGACGUGAUGUUGUGAUAUAGUGAUCGUGUAACUAAAGUUGUGUUUGAUUGUUGCGAGUAUAUUUAGAUUGAUUUGUUUGAACUUUGAAGUUAUCUUAUUUAUAUAAAUAAAAAUAUAUGUGAUUAUGCUAUAAUUAAUUUGUUUAUUCAAAUAGAGUUUAUCAUAAAUCUUUACCCUA